AUGGAUUCUGGUGCUAGUGCGAGGAGUAGUACCUCCCGACGUCGACAGCAACGCAUGGCUUGCGACACCUGUCGGAGGCGAAAGACCAGGUGCAACGUGGUGGAGACAACCCCCUGUUCGGUCUGCGCCAGGUCGAAGAUCCCCUGCAGGUCCACCCCUGAAUGGUCACGGCCAAGGUCUCGACGACGGCGGUCGACGCAAGUCCAGUCGGAUCCGGUUGAGCCAGCGGCUGCACCAGAAACGACUAGUCCGCAUCCUAUGCCCAGCGAGGCACAUCAGGAAAGACCCACAGACGGCGGGUUCACUGAUGAGUCUCCGCCGGAGCUGGCACCCAUCGUGACGGAGCGAGAUCGCGUCGUCGACGGGCUCGCGAGGAAUGUCCUUAGCCAGUUCUAUCAACGCGGGGUAGAUUCCACGCAUUGGACGGUCUUUGCGGAUUCGGAUCACAUCCGUCUGGCGUACAUGGGAACGGCGACCUCUAACAUUGCCCAUCUGAUUAGUCUGAAGCGCGUGGCGCAACCGUCCCUGCAUUUUCCCUAUCCGCCCAUUCGGCCUCCGCUUCCUUGGAAGCCGGAGGGGAUCUGGGGAUCUCUGAAUAAUAUUGACAUCGCGCAUGAUACGGCCCGCUUUCCGGCGCAGGAGAUCCGGGAUGCGCUCGUGGACGCCUUCUUCGAGAAAAUAUUUCCUGGCUUCCCAAUCGUCGACGAGAUCACGUUUCGCCGACAGUACGCAAGUCGGACUAAUCCCCCGCCAUUGUUGCUCUUCCAGGCGGUUCUUCUGGCCGGCUCACAUGCCUGUGAGCACCCCACCGUGGCCGCAUCCCGCAUGGUGGUGAAGAGGACUCUUUUUCGAAGAGCGUCGAUGCUAUUCCACAUCCGACAUGAGAACGACCGUUUGCAAAUGGCCCAAGCGGCUUUGCUUUUUGUAUGGCACUUAGAGAACUCGGACUCGGUGUGCGGCGGGAGCUACUACUGGCUAGGGAUCGCCCAGCGCAUCGCCUUCGGCAUGGGCAUGCACCGUGAUCUAUCCCGCCAGGCCAGCAGUCGCCUACCUGCCUGGGAGAGGCGGCUGAACCGACGGAUCUGGUGGACGUUGUUUCAGAUGGAGGUCUUCUCCUGCCUUGAGCAUGGGCGUCCAUGCAUGAUCAAUUGGAAUGACACCGAUCAGUCCGCUUUGGAGCUGCAAGAUUUCAUCGAUGAUGAGUCCGAACGCGUCAGUGAGCGAGUGCAGCUCCACUACAUCACCAGGAAUAUCGACAUCGCGGUGAUUGGGUUCCGUAUCCUCCAAGUCAACGCUCCCUCGGUGCCGUCAGAGGAGAUCGCAGCUUUGGUCCCUUCGAUCGAAAAGUCCCUUGUCAGCUUUGCGCUGGAUCUUCCCCCGAUGACCGAUUUCUGGUCCUGUCAACUGCGGAUGCACUACAACCUGGUCCUUAUCCACCUCCAUCGGCCCCAAUCUGCGACGAGUCCACCCAUCUCCCGAUCCCCCAACUGCCAAGAAAUCUGUCGCGAUGCAUCCCAGGCCAUUCUAUCCUGUCUCGAGACCAUCGUCCAUCGAGGAUGGACGGGUCAGUGCUUAUUUACCGCUGUUGCGGCCGUCAUGGCCGGCGCGAUUCAAAUGUCUUUGGAUGCUCGACAGUCGCUCCAGCAAGGCAGCUUGGUGCUGGCGCUGAACGCCCAAGACCGCCUUGCGCGGCUUCUGCGCUGCGCCCGUGUGCUAGAGAACUUUUGGCCCAGCGCAGGCGCGGUCCAUGGCCUUUUUGAUCAGCUGUCGGCCGAGCUCAAGGAUCUGGCGGCACGGACCCCUCAGAGCUCUCCGAACUAUGUCGAUGUUCCGCAAGGCAGCGAAUUGCCCGUAGAGUGGAUUCUCGAAAACCCCACCGAUCUGUUUAACUUCGCUGUGCCUCCCGAUCUUGUUCCUGGGGACUGGAUGAAUGAUGCAUGUUUCCUGAACGGUUCUCUUGGCUGA